ACGAAUAUAAUGCAGGAUAAAAACGUAAGCAUAAAACCUUAAUUUAUUAAUUUGAUUUUGUAAAAAGUUGGGGUGUAUUAAAGAGUGUGACUAAGAAAACAAUACCCCCAUUUCAUGUUGUGUAACUUAUCCAACAUUCUAAAGCCCAAAUAAUGAAGAGAAAAAAAAUUAAAAUUUAGACAAAAAUAAAAACUGUUGUUCGUUAAUCGUUAUCGUUAUAAACGUAGCAUUGUCUCCUGAGUUUAGGUUAGGGUUAGGGUUACCUUCAAAGUGCAAACUCGGCUUCUGAAACAAAGUCUCUACAACUCAACCAACCAUGGCUGAACAAACUGAGAAGACUUAUCUCACUAAUGGAUCAUUAGUUUACGAGGCGGCGUCACAGCGAGAAAUCGAGAAGGAAGAAAUCCGCCAAAAGAUUUUGCGGCAGAAAGAAUUGGAGGAGGAGGUGUGGAGGGAGCUUGCAAUGGAGAGGACGUUUGGAACCAUGCAGAGGUCUGUUGAUCACAUCGGUGUUUCGCAACCAUCAUUGAUUAUGGCCCCUCCUGAAAUCAAACAUUCUACACAGAUUCGUAAUAACAAGGACAAAAUUAUUCUAUUGGCUAAGCCAGAUAUGAGUCUCUAUAGUGCAAAGCGAAAAGCGGUGACACAAGAUGUUCCUAGCGAUGAGCCUUCUGCAAUUGGUUUGAACAAAAAGCUGAAGGAGGAGUGGAGUUGUGAACUGUGUCGGAUUAAUGCCACGAGUGAGAAUGGCUUGAAUGAUCAUCUGAAUGGUAAGAAGCAUAAGGCUAGGGAAGCAAGACAGAAAAGGGAGAUUGACAAGCACAACAAGAAAGGUCAAAACACUGUGAUAAAGGUUACUGAUAUAGCUGUUAAUACAACGGUAUCAGAGGUUGAUGCAGGAAAAGAUCAAAAGACGACUUCUAAUUGUUGCAUAGCCUUGAAAGUCAUGAAUGAGAAUGUGGUUGAUACAAAAUCAAAAAAUGAGGAGCAACUUUUGGAGACAAUGGUGGAUAAUGGUGAAAGUGUAGCAGAAUCUAAAAAUGAGAAGGAGCUCGAGGAAAUGACGGUUGAUGAAAGAGUAACAGAAUCUAAAUAUGAGGAGCAACUUUUGGAGACGGUGUUGGAUAAUGGUGUAAGUUUAACAGAAUCUAAAAAUGAGAAGAAGCUCGAGGAAAUGACGGUUGAUGAAACAGUAACAGAAUCUAAAAAUGAGAAGAAGCUCGAGGAAAUGACAGUUGAUGUAAGUGUAACAGAAUCUAAAAAUGAGAAGAAGCUCGAGGAAAUGAUGGUUGAUGAAACAGUAACAGAAUCUAAAAUUGAGGAGAAACUUUUGGAGACGGUGUUGGAUAAUGGUGUAAGUGUAACAGAAUCCAAAGAUGAGAAGAAGCUCGAGGAAAUGACGGUUGAUGAAAGAGUAACAGAAUCUAAAAAUGAGGAGAAACUCAAGGAAAUGACGGUUGAUGAAAGAGUAACAGAAUCUAAAGAUGAGAAGAAGCUCGAGGAAAUGACGGUUGAUGAAAGAGUAACAGAAUCCAAAAAUGAGAAGAAGCUCGAGGAAAUGACGGUUGAUGAAAAAGUAACAGAAUCUAAAAAUGAGGAGCAACAUGCGGAGAAAAACCAAAAUGUAGAUUUUUUUGAGAGUAAAAAAGGUGCUGCAACUGAGGAAGCAGGGAAGAGUGCAUUGACAGAAAUGAUUAAGGCUAGAGGUUUAUGGUGUGAGCUCUGUCAAAUUGGCACCAACUCACAAGUUGUGAUGGAAAGGCAUAUAAAAGGGAAAAAACACAUAAAGAAAAUUAAUCAUUUCAAUAAUAAAAAUGCAAGUCUUUCAUCAACAUCCUUUGUAUCACCACACACUACUGAUGGUGUUAAAAAAGAAACAGACCAAAUGAUGACACACAUGACCAAUAUUAGAGAUGGAAUAUAAUUUUUGAAUUUCAAAUGAAUUACACUUAGUGGUUCAGUCAACAGGAGUUGGAAUUUAUAAAGGACUAUAUGAGCACAUGCAAGGUGCUAUAUUGACUUUUUGCAACUUGAUAUAUUUGACGUUUACUUAGGUUUUUAUUUUUGUGAUUUUGAUUAUUGAUGUAAUGGAGCCUUACACAAGGACUCAUUUGACCAGAUGUUGAUGAAUUUAUUAUGUUAUAUCUUUCAUUAGAUGUUAUUUUUCGCUAUAGGUUUUUUGUUUUAAUCCUUAACUAGCGCUCUCAGUGUCAACUAAGUCCGUCAAUGUAAUGCAACUUAGGAAUAUUGACUAGGUU